CCGAGUUCCGGUCACGUGACCAGGCGGCCGGUCAAGCCAGGAGACUAUGGCUGCUUUCGGGGCGCUGCGGCGAGCGUGGGUCGCAGCGGGGGGGCUUCGCGCACAGGUUCAUAGAGCAGCUGUUCCCCUGAGAUGGUCGCAGGCCAAAAUUUCUUUUGUCCGUCAGCCGACGAGUUUCCCUCUUGCUCCUUGGAGGCUCGCAGUCCGCUGUCAGAGCACUGCGGCCAUGGCAGGCAUCCAGGUGACUCAAGGUGUAUCCGCCACACCUCUGGAGAAAGUCCUCCCUUUAGAGGAGCUUGGCCAGGUUUUGCAAGAACCGACUUUGGCUGAACUGGGCCUGGAAAGCUAUACGCCAGUGGGCUUUAUCCUGAAGUUUUUGGAAUCUUUCCACAUGGACUUGGGACUGCCUUGGUGGGGAGCCAUUGUGGCAGGGACGGUAUUUAUACGCUGUCUGGUUUUCCCACUCAUUGUAAAGAGCCAGCGCGACGCUAUCGAGUUGAAUAAUCACGUGCCCCAAAUUACCGCGUUAACGGCUAGAAUCAGCGAAGCCAAGAAGACUGGCAACAGACCUCAGUUUACGCAGGCCGUCCUGGAUAUGGAGCACUAUCAGAAAACCCAUAAUAUUAACCCCCUGCGAGGAUUAAUCACACCUUUUGUCCAGGCGCCCAUUUUCAUCUCCUUCUUCUUCGCCCUGCGCAAAAUGGCGGAAUGUCCUGUGCCCAGCAUGCAGACAGGAGGGCUGUGGUGGUUCACAGAUCUCACAGCCCCAGAUCCUUACUACAUACUACCCGUGAUGGUAUCUGUCACCAUGUGGAUCGUUACGGAGACUGGGAUGCAAGCAGGACCUCCAAACCCGAACCUGGACCUAAUGAAAAAGGUUUUCCGUGUGAUGCCAGUAGUCUUCCUCCCUUUCAUUAUUUCUUUUCCAACGGCAAUCUUUACCUACUGGCUGACAUCCAACUUAUUCUCCGUUAUGCAAAUAUUGCUGUUUCGCUUACCUGCCGCUCGUGCGUUUUUCCACAUCCCCGAGAGAGUGGAACACAACCCUAAGAGCUUACCAGCCCAGGAAGAUUUCCUGAGGAGCAUUAAGGAAGGAUGGCAGAACGUCAAGAUGGCCCACCAGUUAGAAGAAAGGCAGAAGUACUUCAAAAAGCAACCGGAUUCCACGCAUAAAGAGUCACUCCACCAAACUUUUUCCCAGAGAGCCACACAGCAUCCAAGCAAGCCAUCGCCACAAAAGAGAGAAUUAGGGUGAAGACUAUAUUCAAGGCAAAAAUGUUCUCCCAUCUCCCUUACCCUUUUGCCCUAGUUUAAACUGUUAAUGUUGUUCUCAGUUCACUCUGGGAGCAUAUGUGUAAAUGUGUCUGUAAAUUUAUUACAUAAAAUUAUGCUUUGAAUUAA